CUAGCAUAUAUAAGACAAAUCGAGAACAACUUUACUUCUAGGUAUCAACUCAUCUCCAGUCGAGCUUUCUUUAGCAUCAUCUCUAUCGAGACUUGAACGCAGUAAGUCCAUCUUCGGAAUUCGUUGCUCACAGCCGAUCUCGUAGAAUAGCUUAUCAAAAAUCCUCGAGGACAUCUGCCCAUCAUGCCUCACAACAGUAAACGUCCCUCCUCUAGUUCUAAGCCGGGAGCGAGCGAUGAAUAUCCCUCCACCAUUAUCUCCUCCGUUCCUCAUAAUGCAGCUUACACAGGUGACAACCGUGUCCCUUACAACGAGCGUAUUCGAUCUCUGCGUCGAUCACCAAGCGGGCAUAAGAACGAGACCACGCCGGACGGUAGCCUUGCUUCGGUACCACCAACGUCGGACCCAAGAGAGCCGAGACCUCCUGUCUCCCAUCCUCCUCUAACGCUUUCUACGCUAGCUAACUCUACUCAGGUCACAGAAACCGCGGAAAGCCUUCGCAGCCUACGGUUGUCCCUGGCUGGAUUAGAGAGCAACGGGAAGAACGACGACCGCCUCUUCGAUCGUCGGGUACAUGACGCGAAGGAGGCCUCAGCCAAGAAGAAGUCUAUCGACACAGCCGACGAGAGGCGUCAUAAGCGUACUGGUCAACCCCCCGCCCCUUUGUCUCGAAAAAUUGCUGUGCCCAUAUCUGCUGAAAUGGCUGAGGCAUUAAUGGAUGGCCUUGACGAGCUAUUUGGGAGGGGCUCGAAGAAGAGCGAUGGGAAAAAGAAGGACGACGGCAAGAAGAAGCAUGACGGCAAGGACAAGAAGCAUCACAAGAGGGAUGACAAGAAGGAUGAUGACCACAAAUCCAGAAAAGACGGCCAGACGCAGACUUAAGCAUCGAGCUUAUGGAUUUGCUUGUUCCAAC